CUCUUCUCAUUCCACCGUCCUUUCUCACCCAACUCUCUGCAUUCCACAAUCAAAACUCUCUCUCUCUCUCUCUCUCUCUCUCUGCUCUAACAAUGAAAUGGGAGUUGAAAUCUUCACCUAAUCCACACCCACUUGCCUAACUUCUCCAUGCCUAAUCCGCUUUAACUCUAGAUUAAGUGUUUCUACUUCUCUCGACCUCUGCUUUUCCUCAACUUCAACAAUCCGGGUCCUGUUCUCCAAAAUGCCACACAUCGACUUAGAAUGCGGAGAUGACCAAGACAGCAUCUGCUUCUCCGACGCCGACGACGGCUCCUGUUACUCCCGGUCCUACUCCACCGCCGCCGACGACGACUGCGCUUCCAACGGCGGCGUUUCCGGGCCAGGAUCGAGGCGGGCGUCGUCGGAUUACUCGGUGGAAAUCGGAGACGGGAGGGAUUGUAGGAUUUGUCAUCUGGGUUUGGAGAGUAGGAAUCCCAUGGAGUCGGGAUGGGUUGCCAUUGAAUUGGGUUGCUCUUGCAAGGAUGAUUUGGGUGCUGCGCACAGGAGUUGUGCAGAGACAUGGUUCAAGAUCAAGGGGAAUAAGAUUUGUGAGAUAUGUAAUUCUGUCGCACGUAACGUUUUCGGUGGCGAUGAGAUAGAGUCAAUACAAGAAACGAAUGAGACCAGUAUCACGACAGCUAACGCUGUUUCAGCUCCGGUCCCUCCCCCUACAGAGACCCGAAGCUGGUUGAAUGGUCACCGCCUUCUGAAUUUCCUUCUUGCUUGCAUGGUAUUGGCAUUUGUCAUAUCUUGGCUCUUUCAUUUCAACAUCCCAUCGUGAACAUCGCGCAUCACAUUUUUUGUGUGAAGAGGAUAGAAACCCCAGGCAAAGCCGAUUGUAAUUUUCUUGGGAUAAUCUGAUAAUAUAAAUGCAAAGAGAAUAAUUUUAAGCCUUCAACAUCCGUAUAGGUAAAUACCCGUUUGACCAUAUUUUUUAGUGUUUGUAAUUUUCAAAAUCAAAUUAGGCUCGGGUUUGCCAAGAGACUCCUGUCGGUCCCCUUGUAACAAGGUAAAAAUUUGUGCUAUAAUGAAUCAUAUUAAUGGUUUCCUAUUGGCUUCUUCAAA